AGUUGAAACGCCAUCCUAAACCUCUCCUCUGCCUUAAACCCUAGCCCUAGCAUUAUCUCUCUUUAAAUUCUGUCAUUCUCUCUCUGGAUUUUGCGAGAAAAGAUGGAGUUCUAUGGAACGGAUUGGGAAUCGUUGUUUUUACGUAUAGAGGAGGGAGAGGAGGAGCUGAAAUGCAAAAGGAGGUGGUUGAUGGGAAUCCAUGAAACAUCCAAAUCUAAAAGAAGGCGGUUAAAAGUAUCAAAGUUCAUAAAAAAUUGGUCAUUGUCUGAAUCAUUGCUCAGGGAGGAUGAUGUAUUCUAUGAGACUGUUAAAAAUUUUGUUGAAAAAGGCUUUGGCGCAUGUAGUGCCGAAACAGAGCAUCAUGCAGUCCAAGAUAAUGAACAACAGUUUGAUUUGUUUAGUAUUGGAAGGGUACUUUCCAACCUGCUUGAUAAUAUGACCAACAAUGGGCUUUACCUUCUAGCUAAGAUACUUACAGGAGGCUUAUUGAAGUUUGACAAAACACGCAGAAAGAUGAAAAGGGUGAUUAAAGAAUACCUCCAAAAAGUACUUAGAAAUCAGAGUACCAAUAGUCACCAGAUUAGUGUGUCUAAACAAAUAUAUCAAUUGCUGAAGGAUCCACAUAAUUUUCAAGAGAAUUGUCCAAUUCCUUUGACAAUCACCUUCCAGUCUCAUCAUCCUGCGGUUACCAAGGUACUGGGAAGACUUGAGAGCAUGCCUUCUCAGGCCCUGAUGGCAAUGCACAGGAGGCUUAGAGGCAUUCCAGGCAUGCUUCAGUUAAAACCUCACAGAUCAGGAUGGUCUCGGAAAGGUUUAAUAAAACAAGUGAGGAAAACUAGUUUGAAGAUGCUUUCAGAUCUUGGUAAUGGGGAUGAGCUACAAGAACCAUUGGCCAAAGCAAUGGCCAUUGGAGAUCUAUCAUUGAAUCUAGAAUUUGGCCAUCAGAAUGCCUCUGCUACGGAGUUUCUUCAGUUCUCACCAGAGAUAGAAGAACUGCAGAAAGAUAUAAGAAAGGCCAUUUGGUUAAUUGAAAAUAAAAUAAGAUUUCCGAUGCUGAAGAACUUGCAACUUUUGCUAGAUCCAAGUGCCGAAAUCUCAAAUGGGUCUUUGCGAUUUGCAAUAAAGAAACUGUUGACUGAAUAUCUUUUUGAGUGCAGUGAUAUGGACACCAUUCCAAAGUCUUUAUUAGAUGCUAUUGCUAUUAUUAACAGAAGCUCUCAAGGUACUCCACCUAGAUUUCUUUCAAAAGAGGGAAAGGAAGAAGAGAUAGAAUGUGUACUGGGUGUGAGUGCUCAGAUGAAGCAGAUUAUGUGGGACUUGCUUCCUGAGCAAGAGUUUGAUGAAGACUAUGCAGAUGCAUAUGUGGAAGAUUUAGAAGAAAGUGAUGAUGGUGGUGAUGGUGGCGAUGAUGAGCAGAUGGGACUCCCAAAGAGUUGUAGAUUUGAUUGCAACAAUUCAAAUAGCCUAGCAGAAAGUAUAGGGCAUACACAACUAGUUGAUUACAAGUCGCCUACCUCAGCAGUUAAUGAAAAUGUCUAUUCGUCUCCAUGUUGGGAAUCUAAAUUUCUGAACAGCCAAAUAAAUCAAGAUGGAACUCAGUACCUAGCAGAAAGUAUAGGGCAUGCACAACUAGUUGAUUACAAGUCGCCUACCUCAGUAGUUAAUGAAAAUGUCUGUUCCUCUCCAUGUUGGGAAUCUAAAUUUCUGAAUAGCCCAAUAAAUCAAGAUGGAACUCAGUACCACAGAAGUAUGGUUAAAGUAGAACCAGUUGAUUCCAUUUCAUUUGCAUCUAUGCCUAAAGGAAAUGGUGCUGGAACUUAUGCUGAGGGAGAAGAAUCUAAAAUUGAUUCAGCAAAUCCACUUGAUUUUUCCCCUUUGGAUUUCUCAAGCGAAGAAGCAAAAUUUAUGCAGGCAAGAUUCAUGCAUAAUAUGCAAUGCGAGAAAAGAAACAGAUACCUUGCUGUACAAGAAAUUUGUGAUGAAACAAGUAUGGUUGCUUACAACUUUAUUGGUCAUCUAUUAUAUGAGUUUGCACAGAUGGAUGGCUUAGAUUUGGACAGGAUUGACGAAUUGUAUCUCAAAGGUGACAAGUCAAUUCCAGAAGAUUCUCAAGAUGCAAAGACAAAGCAAACUUCCUCUGAGGAUAAUAUGCAUGGUUCAGCUGUGGUUCAGGUAGUUGAAGAGCUAAUGCCUUCACUUCCUAAGAGUAAAAUAGAGAAAGUGAAGGAGUUGAUGGGCUUACAGUAGUUCAUCAUUAGCAUGUUUUCAUGGCUUUGCUGGGUGAUACCUGACUAGCCAAGAGGAGUAUCUGGAACUGCUAUUGUAGUGAUCAAAGUAUAAUUUCCUCUCCAAUCUGGUUCUGAUGAGGACGCGUGGGAGAUACCGUGCAAAGAGCCCAGCAUCUUGGGUGUGUGAAAAAACAAACACACCCUCCUCAACAUGGGAGUUGGCAUGACCAUUUGUUCUGAGGUCGGGGUCUGAUCUCUUGCAGCUGCUUGGCUUAUUAUAAUGACUAGAGGCCCUAAUUGAAGUAUCUUAAGAAUGGGAAGCAGAAACACAUAUUAUCUUGUCUUCAGCAGUUCAAACAUCUUGCAUUCAAAUGUGCAAUUGUGUGUAGAACAAUCUAGGUAUCGUGAACCUGUGGGAGGUCUUCCACAAGUCAGCCAAGGUUUCCUUCACCAAGCCGACUGGAAGUGGCCCCUGUCAUGUGGUUGCUGGAGGAAAUGAACAAGAGGUUAUCGAGAAAAGCCCAUAUGAACUUGUUGGACUUUUUCCAUGGCUUCUCUACAUCUGAUAUCGAAGGAUCAAGCUCAUUAGGAAUAAGAAACUCUGCUGAUGAGGUUUUGCAUGUACAUAACCUCAUGAUUUGCUUUUCUGUGUCUUUUUCUACAUCCAACUUCCAAGGAUCAAGCUCAGUAGGAACCGCACACCUGCUGAUGGUAGUGUUGCAUGCACCGAAAGGUCUUAUGGUAUUUGAUUAAGAGUGGAAAGAUGGCGAGAAAAUGAGAAUGCUAAUGAGUGGUGCCUUCUUCAAGUCCUUAACCCCUUCAAAGAACCAAUUUGCUCCUAACUAGGGUUUGGUUGAUAGGCUUACAUUGUAAAAAUGUUGGAUUAGCUGGUGAAUCUGUUCUGGAGGUUUUUAUUCCUUGAAAUUUGAUCUCUGGUACUUGGUACAUAGAAAUCUUAAGAACAUCACACAUCAAAUCUGAAUGAUAUUAUUUACCAUGAUUCAAGUAAUAGAAGUAAUUACGUUUGGUUGAUAUUUGAAA